GAAGGACCACCAUACUUGAAUUAAAUUCUAUUCAACAAUCAACCACCAUAUAUUUGGACUUUAGCCCUCAACUCUAUGCCACCCGUAGUGAGGGCUGAGGAGCCACUAAGUCAUUUCUCUUACUAUCUAAUGCCCAUGCUGAGGUCUCGUGUGAGUCAACACACAAACACGAAGCAUUCCAUUUCCAUCCAAUUCCUCUUUCUACUGCCCUGAAAAUUCCCAUACAUGGCUAAGUCCCCAGAAGAAGAGCAUCCUGUUAGAGCCUUUGGCUGGGCUGCCAAAGACGCGUCUGGCCAUCUCUCCCCCUUCAACUUCUCUAGAAGAGCAACUGGUGAAGAGGACGUGAGGUUUAAGGUGUUGUAUUGUGGGAUAUGUCACACAGAUCUUCAUUUCACAAGAAAUGAUUGGGGAUUCUCUGAGUACCCUAUUGUUCCAGGGUAAGACCCUUCAUUGAUACUUAUACUAUUUUUAACUUCCAUGCUCCUCACCUACACACACGAUUUUUCAUGGUAAAAUUGAUGGGAUAAAACUGAGAAAUAUAACAGAAGCUAAAUUUUCAGACUAAUUUUAAUACAAAGAGGUCGAAGUU